UGGUUCGGGUUUGGUUGGUUCUAUUCAGAUAAGCCAUUUGAUAUGAAUUAUUUGAGGGAGUUUUAAAUACUAUUUUAGUUUUAUUUACAAAAUGACAUCACAAGACAAUUACGUGAAUAUUGACAGGUUUCGACAGAAAGUUAGAUUUUAUCUUGAUGCAAACAACAAUGAGACUGCACUGUUCUGGGCAGAGAAGGUGACCGUCAUGAGCGGAGCGGACGCACGAGAUGUGUACUGGCAGGCUCAGUGUUUGUUCCGGUCCCGACAAUAUCAUAGGGCGGCUGCUCUCAUCAGGAACAAAGGUCUUGAUAAGAGUCAACCUCUGUGUCAGUGGCUUGCUGGCUUAUGCUUAUUGGAGGCUCGAAAAUAUGAAGAUGCUUUGUUAAUUCUGUCUAAAGAUGACACCAAUCAGACUGUGAGUGUUGCGAUGACAUCUUUCAGCAUCCCACCAAUCGGUGAAUACUGCAUUCUGGAGGGCUUCACACCCAGAGGUCUGCAGAGUGCUUUGCUUCUACUGAAGGGACAGGUGUACGAGAAACUCGAGAACAGAGCUCAUGCUGCAGAGUACUUCAGAAUUGCUCUUAAAAAUGAUGUUUACUGCUACCAAGCCUUCCAUUUGCUAGAACAACAUCACAUGUUGACAUCAGUAGAAGAGAAAGAGCUUCUGUCAUCCCUUCCAUUCAAAGAACAAUGCUAUGAAAACGAUCUGCUCCCUGCAGUUUAUGAGAUUUUGCUCAACAAAUACCAGAGUAUACCACAGAUGUCACUCACCCCAGCCCUAUCCCAUCCAAGACUCUCAGAGAGCUUGGAUGUAGAAGUGGCACGUGCUGAGAAACUUUACCACGCUUGUGCGUUCAGGCAAUGUCUCUCUAAAACACAAGAGUGA